CGAGCCGCCGGGGCCACCAUGGGCUCCCUGGGGCGCUGCCUGGCCCGGAACCUCCCCGGGCUCCGCUGCUAUGGCUCCGUGACUCUCGGUGGUCGCGCAGCCCCCCCGGCUCUGCAGGAGAAGACACUUCUGCUGGCCAAGCCGGACGCGCUGCAGCGGCGGCUGCUGGGGGACAUCAUCCAGCGCUUCGAGCGCCGCGGCUUCCAGCUGGUGGCCGUGAAACUGCUCCAGGUGGACCGGAGGCUCGUGGACCGGCACUACGAGCAGCUGCGGCUGAAGCCCUUCUACCCCGCGCUCGUCGCCUACAUGACCUCGGGGCCGGUGGUGGCCAUGGUGUGGGAGGGUUACGAUGUGGUGCGGUGCGCCCGGGCCAUGGUUGGGGACAGCAGCGCCGUGGGGACCAUCCGGGGGGACCUCAGCGUGCACAUCACCAGGAACGUGGUCCACGCCAGUGACUCCGUGGAGAUGGCCCAGCGGGAGAUCGGCUUCUGGUUCCAGCGGGACGAGCUGGUGGCCUGGGACAGCUGGGACAGGGACAGCAUCUACGGGCUCUAG